GACAAAUUGGUAAUUCCCGCAGGUGGAUUAAAGGUGAUUUCAAUUUCGAAUUUUUUGGUCAGGAAAAAAGGUCCAAGGCGCAACAUCGAAAGUUUGUGGGAGUUAAAAAGAUUACCCUGUCUCAUUUAGUCCUCUUAUAUCAUAACAGGAAUUUCUAAGAAGCCGAGGAGCGCCGGACCUUAAUUUGGAGCUGAAAUAUCAAGAAUCGUCUGCAGUUUGAGACAGUGACAUCUAACUACAAGAACUGACAGGGAACCUUAAAAAAUGUGCGAUAAAUUGAAGCACAAGAUCGUUAAAACCGAAGCAAAACCAGACGAAGUCACGACAGUGGAACUUGACGAAGACGAAGAUUGUCCUGAUGGCGGGUACGGUUGGGUCAUUUGUAUCGCUGCCGCCGUAAUUCAGUUCAUCAUUCUGGGCAUUCAUAACAACUUUGGAAUUCUCUACACCUCUUUAAUAGGCGAUCUUCAUGCUAAACCUUCAGAUGCAGCAUGGGUUGGUUCCAUCGCGUUUGGAAUGAACUUCCUCUGUGGUCCAAUCACUAGCACCUUAUGUCAAAAAUACGGCAUUCGUUUGGUGGCAGCGGCUGGAGGUCUUAUCGCUUUCCUUGGUCUUCUACUGACAUCAUUCACUAACAGCCUCUACUUCAUUUACCUCACUUACAGUAUUCUUUGGGGCUUUGGCUCAAGUCUAAACUAUGCUCCAACUAUGCUUGUAUUGGGGCAAUAUUUCAAAAGGCAUCUUCCUGUAGCAAACGGAAUAGUAACAGCUGGUAGUGGUGUCGGUACCUUAGCGAUGGGACCAUUGUUCCAUAUCAUCCUAUCAUCGAUGGGCUGGAAAAUAAUGCUUAGGAUUUUCUCUGGCUUAGGCAUCGUCAUGUUAGUGUGCGCUCUACUUUACCGUCCCCUCCCUGCUAAGUAUAAACGUGCUCGAAAGCAGUCUGAAAAGAAGCCCAAGUUGUUUGACUUUUCUGUGUGGAGAAUGAAUUCAUUCAUAUUCUGGGUGAUCUCCAUGUCUCUCCUGUUUCUCGGCUAUUUUGUACCGUUUAUCCAUUUGCCCAAUCACGCUAAGAGUCUCGGAGUGCAUGGUUACCAGUCCUCUCUCUUGGUCGGUUAUUUGUCUGUCGCUUCCACCGUAUCACGAGUUCUAUUUGGUCUUGUUCUUAAUCAUCCUAGAGUGAACCGCUUCUACGUGUUACAGCUCUGUUUCCUUAUGAUGUCGGUGACCACCACUUUAUGUCCUCUUGCACAAGAUUACACUGGUCUCAUUCUUUAUGCAGUAGGAUUUGGAGCAUUUGAUGGUUGCUUCGUUUUGUUGAUUGCUAUCACUACAAGUGAUAUAGUGGGAGCUGGAAAACUCCCUGAAGCUUUAGGAGGCUUAUAUGGAGUCAUUUCCAUCCCAAUGAUAUGUGGUUCGCCGUUGGCAGGGUUUAUUUUCCAAGUAUCUGGCUCAUAUCAAAAUGCUUUUUUCGUCGCUGGUGGAGCUAUAGCAUUAGGCACUUGCACCUUGUCUUUAAUCCCAUUCUGUAUGGCGCACGACUCACAUGAAGAGGUACCUGCUGUUCGUGUCGAACUUUGUGAAGAUCCCUUAGAUAAAGAAGACAAAAGUCAAGACUUUCUGGACAUAGUUUAUCACUCUUCUGGAAAAAAAAGGAACUCUGGUUUGCUAUAUGACACUAGUAAUUUUGCACUCAGGCGCUCUUUGUCGUGCUUGGCUCUUAGCAGGAUUGGGGAAGCCGUCUGUGGAACACAGUGUAUACUGGAAAUGCUUGAAAGAGAGUCUGAUGUAUAACGAAGAUUCCAAAAUGUUUGCAAUGAAUAUUAAAUUAUGAGCGGUUUGUAAGUGGGAUCACUGAGGCGCUGUAAAGGGACAAAAUCUGUGCGGGGAACAUUUCCUUUGACAGGCGGAAUGAAUCUACUGAGAGGAAGGAAAAAAAUUUAGGUCACUUUCCAAUAAUGCUCCGUUGAAACCAACAAAACGUGUUAAUCACACUUGGCUUGACUAAAUCGAAAUCAGUGACAGAAAACUUGACAACUGAAUUUUACAUAAGGUUAGAGUAUCUCUAUAUUGUUUUUUCCUCGUGCUGACUUGAAGUCGACAAAUAUCAUUUUAGGCAACUUCUAUGAAGAAAACAAUUUCAAACCAUAUUUAACAAAAGAGCUUUAAAACGAGUUUUUAGCUUUGGUGUGAAUGAGGUGUAGUUAUAUUUUUUUAACCAGUAUAUUUCUUUAGGUUUUUUUCCCCUGGAUUUGGCUCAUGAUUUCAUUUUUACUAGAUUUUUCAUGGAAUUUGCAGUUCGUCUUUUGAUUCACUAUUCAGUCAUCAUCAACCUUAGGAGAUUUUAAGCAUUGAUCGGAAACGCAUGCGCUGAAUCCACAACGCUAUUUUUACAAUUUUUUUAUUGGCAAAAUAUGAGGGGCAUUUUUAAGAUCUUAACCUAUAGAUGGGUUAUAUAAAUGUUUUAAAUUUUUUCAUGUUGAAAAUAAGUUAGUUGUCACACCCUAGGUGGGAAAAAAAAAAACAUUCUAGAAACAAUCAUGA